UUUUUUCUGUAAGACUGUCAAGUACUUAAAUUGGUAAAGAGUCAGUGAUGAUUUGUAUCAUUCGUGAGAAACUAACUAGAAAAACAAAGGACCCCUUUCCAUGCACCUUGUAUAUGUAUUUGUCUGUACCUAAUUUCUGCCAGAUUCUUUAUCAGAACAACUAGAAUGUAUUAAGGGCCAUGACAGAACCGUUGUCUCUACAGCUUAUCGCUAGACUUGUCUGUGUUCAAAGUCUGCUCGAUCUGACGGAUGGAAGGGAUGUCACAAAUUACCUGAAGACGGUGUGCCACAGUGCUGUCACAGAGGACAUACUUAGUCACAUGGUCAAGUUUUAUCCCAGGAAGCUGACCAAUGAAAUGCUAGCUGGCCUGGCAUCUCCACACAUACACAACCUCAAGUUAGUGAACUGCACACAGAUCAAACCUUCAAACUUCAUCAAGAUUUUUCCCUACUGUAAGAAUCUUCGUGGCCUUGACCUUAAGCAGUGCAGUCAGCUGAUGCUGGGAGAUUUCUUUGUGUUGAUUGAUAGGAUGGGGCUGAACCUUACUUCGGUUUCGGUAGAAGACUGUAUGACAGUGGACGAUGUCAUUGUUCAUAGCAUUUUACAGAACCUCCACCAUCUUAAGCAUCUGAAUGUAUCGUCCUGUAAAAACAUCACAGAUAAGGCCUUCCUCUUAUCUCAGGAUCAGUGUAAAAAAGGGAGGUUACUCAUGGAGAGCAGGAAUCACUCUACACAAAACUAUUUAUGUUCAUUAACCAGUAUUGAUAUAUCAGGGUGUCAUGGUCUGACCAAUCUAGCCAUGUAUAACCUCGUAACCUUGACUGGUCCGACCCUGGAGCAUGUCUGUAUGUCUUGGACAAAUUUAACGCUGGAAUCUCUGUGGUGUCUCUCUGGUCUUCUUGUCCCUAAAACAUUCCUUGGAUGUGAGACAGAAGAUGAAGAUGAAGAGAUCUUCAAUAACAAUAUAGAAGAUGAAGAUACAACAAAAGCCAGACAAUCUAGUUCCUCUGAAUCUAAGGAUGUACACAUACAGUAUGACACAAGUGUUCAGUCUGUCAAAAGUGAUUCCACUUCUCAUAUGCUUCCUGAACAGAAUCUGGAUAUGACGGAAUGUGAUAAAUGUGAUUCAAACAGUUCAGAUUUGGUUUAUCUCAACAUUCUAGAUGACACUAACUCUUCUGUCAAAAAUGAUGAUAUAUCAACUAUUGAUUCUGAAAAACUUACCUCUUCCCAAAGCCAAAGCAGUGUCUCUUGUAAGGACUGUAGAACAUUGUGCUCCUUAAGUGAAAUACAGGUAGACCUAAAUAACCAUCCAUAUGAUGCAACCACCAAUGAAAUUGAUGAAAAUAUUGAUACAAAAGAAAAUGAAGGCGAAAAAACUUUCAGAGACGAAUGCAAUGGAAAUUUGACUGAUGUGAAAAAUUUUGGUUCAGGUGCAGGCACUGGAGAGACUUGGGAUUUCAAUGGAAAGAAAGAAAAUAGUGUUACCAUUGUGUCUUCUUCAAUCUCCUCAAAUACUUCAAAGGACCUUCAGUUUCCUUCAAAGUCUGGCCCAUUAUCAAAUCCAAACGGAGCUAACAUUGACAUGAAUUCUCUUGAAAAUGUCAGUGAAAGUAAAGAACUGUCCACUCAAAUUCUAAAGACUUGUGCGAAAUCAGAAUCCCAAGAUGAAACUAAUUGCUUAACGGUUGGAAACAAAACAACCCAUUCUGUAGAGACAAAUUUGAAGUCCAGUAGUGAUAUUUCUGAAUCUUGUGACAGUUGCCAAACUACAAAAAAGAAUUGCUAUACAUUUUCUUCUGGAAAUAAGCUCUUGUCAGAUGUGCCAUUUAUUGUACAUGAAUUAGAAUUACCUUGCUCUCCUGACAAAGAGAAAACUGUUAACUUUGAGUGUAGACCUCAUAAAAGCAAUGAUUCUCAUACAUCAGAAAAUCUGUUAAUGGAAUCGAACAAUGUUCCCCAAAUUAUAUUACAAGCUUCACAACAACUUAACCAGGAACAGUCAACGAACAGCUCUCAGUUUGAAAUCAAGAAUGAAAAUCUUAUAUGUCACAUGAGUGAACUGUCUUCCACAGAUAAGAAUGGCCAAACCUUAGGUGCUGAAAGCAUGCCAGAUAAUACUGAAAUCAGACAUCCUUUUCAGUGUUCUGAGGAGAAGAAUAUUCACACAGAUAAUACUGUUUUAAAUGGUAUGUGUUCGUACCACAGCUCAGAUGAGUAUGCCAAACCAAAUGGAGUUGGUGCUAAUGAUUCUGUAUCACCCUUGGAAGGGAACAAUGAAAAACAGUCAUCUGCAAGUUCCAGUGCUUCUAUUAAUCUGCAAGUACACCAGGGAUCCACCAUAGUUGAUAGUAACAGCCCCACUCAAGGUCCUACUUCUCUGGGAAAUCUCACAGAGAAUGAUUCUAACAAUUGUCAAAUAGAGAGUCGGCAAAAUAUUGGUGACCAGCCCCUGCCCCCUAUGAAGCAACUGUAUAAACCAAAUAUCAAAUCAAUAGACUUAGAGGAAUUGCAUUAUCCAAACAACAAACAGCAGGCUUUAGAAAAUGCCUUUAAUAUAUUUAUAACAAAUAAUCCAGGUCUUCAGUCAUUGAAGUUGUCAUGGAUAAAGUUUCCAAAUCAUCUUUUGAGACUUAUGGUAGAUACAUGUAUAGAAAUUAAAGAAUUAACUCUGAUUGGUUGUAACUUGAUUGAUGCUGAGCACAUUCGAUAUGUUGGAUCAAAGUGUAUGAACCUGAGGAAAAUUGAGUUGGAAGACAUACGAAGAAUGACUGAUUGGGGCGUGGUUCCUCUUCUCUCCAACACUGAGAUUGGAACAUUGUCAUUGGCUGAGUCAGAUAUCCAUGACGUCACUGCAAUUAGAAUGGCAUCUAAACUGUCUGAAAAUCUGAAGAAUUUAAACAUUUCCUAUUGCUCAGAAUUAACAGAGCGUGGAAUUAACUCCCUUCUCCGGAAGCAAAGUUGUAUGGAAUCCUUAAGUGCUCGACAGGGAGCAUUAACAAAUCUGUCGUUAUGUCUUUUGAGUGACAACUUCCGGCAGUUACGCAGCCUUAACAUUGCUAGCAUCGAGGAUAUAUCUGGGAGUGGCCUUGUCUGUCUAGCAAAGAAUCUACAUCACCUAGAGUUCAUCGACCUCAGUUGGGCUGGCGGAUCCUGCUUACAAGAUGAAGUAACAAAAGCAAUCCUGAAUCACUGUCCAAGGAUUAAUGAAAUGAUUUUGAAUGGUCAAGCUUUGAUGACAUCUAAACCCUUUCUUCCAAUUAUAUCAGAUUAUGAUAAAUGGAGUAGGUGUAAGGCCUUGUUCUUCUUCAAGGCCAAGGAGAGGGCAGCGAAGGAGGUAUUGAAAAUCGACAAUGAAGGAGAAUCAAGUGAUGAUGAAUAUGAAGAAGUUCACUUCCCGCACCGUUCCACCAACUUUGCUACAAACCUUCAGUCUCUGUGUCUUGAGUACUGUGACAGUAUCACUGACACAGACAUGGAGGACAUAGUUACCGUGUGUAGGGGAUCCAUAACAGUGAUAGAUUAUUAUAGCUGUGAGGUGCGACCAAAACUACUUACACUUAGAAAAUAUGAAAUAAAAGACUUGUCCGGUGCAAAAAAUUACUGAGUGAUGUGGAAAUUGAUAUUGGAGAAAUGAUAAAAAAAAAAAUGUAUGUCCUUUGUAGGGGGUUCAUAAGAGUGAUAGAUUAUUAUAGCUGAGAGGUGCGACCAAAACUACUUACACUUAAAAAAUUGAAGUUAAAGAUUUGCCUAGCGCAAAAACUGACUAAAUGGUGUGGAAAUUGAUAUUGGGAAAAAAAUAAAGUGUAUGCCAAAUA